AUGAGUUCUCUGAAUUCUUGUUCAGAUUUGCAUUCAACUAGUAAUGAACAAUCACUUCAUGAUCAAUCAUCUUCAAGUAUGAAUAUUGAUCAUUCAAAUAGCAUUCAUGAUCAAUCAUCUUCAAGUAUGAAUAUUGAUCAUUCAAAUAGCAGUAAUUCUCGUUAUAGUUUUGAUUUUGAGCUCUACAAUACUGAGUCUUUUGAGCUUGUUCGUUAUGAUAAGUUGAUACAUAAGAAGCCUUUCAAAGGAUUGUUGUUUGAUUCGUUGGACAUUGGUCUUGACUUUUACAAGACUUAUGGUCAGGAAUCUGGUUUUGAUGUGAAUAUGUUAAGUCAAAAAAGAUACAAUGAUGGCACAAUUCGUAUUAGAUAUUCCACAUGUAGUAGAUCUGGUUUCACGGAGUCAUUUAAGAAUGAAAAUAUUAAUUUGAAAUUUUCAGAUGUUAAGAGAUGGAGAACUUCUUCUACGAAGAACGGAUGCCCUGCUGUUUCAAAGUUCAAGAAUCUUCGAUGUUCUUUAAUUGCAAUGGAGAAGCAAAGACGACAUCAAUCUUUAUUAGAUUAUCAGUCCACAACUACUACCCCCAAGCUAAGGACUCCUUUGGCUAUUGAAAAGCAUGCAUCGGAAAUUUAUACACAUAAUAUUUUCUUGGACAUUCAGAAAGUGUUAUACAAAUCCGUGUUUUAUUGUAUUCAAGAAUCUGUAGUUAUUGAAGAUGAAAGUGAAGUUUAUAUUUUGAGAGAUAAGAAGAAAAAAAAGUUGAUUGAUAAAAAUGUGAAUGAGGAUGAAGAUUCUGAUGAUUUUUAUCGAAAUAUUCUUCCUUCUCAUUGUCCUAAUACUCGUUACAAGGAUGUUUUUGAUGGGUUUUGA